GCAUUUAUCAUCAACUCCCAGUCACCAGAAUCUCACCUUUGCUUCUUGUCUCUAUGUGUGUGUGUGUGUGUGUGAAAAUUAAAGGAAUAGAAUAUGUUCCCACUUAAGUUGGUCCGCUCUCUGGUUUCCGGCGAUGACGUCACCACCACCACCACCACUAACCCUCUUCUCCGCCGCCGCCUCCACAAUCUGGACGACGGUAAUCCCACCUGCUGCAGCAGUUCAAGAAACAGGAUCCCGUUGAUGCUCUUCCUCCCCACCCAAGAAUUGGUCAAAGAUACAUACAGACUCGCCUCCAUCGCCAGAUUCAUCGGCAUGGAUCUCCACCCCAACCCCUCUCUCUCCCACAUCAUCUUCUCCUGGCCGCCCCCAUCAUCCACGUCAUCAUCAUCAUCCACAUCAUCAUCAUCAUCAACAUCCACGUCAUCAUCAUCAUCAUCAUCAUCAUGGUCGUUGCGAAACGACAGCGUUCCAAUCCCAUUCCCCUCAUUCGCCACCUCCUCCCUCUCCCACCUCCGCCUCUUCGCCGCCCUCUCCAACGGCUACUUCAAGCUGGCCUUCCUCAAAAACAACAACAAUUCAAUCCCAUUUCAAAAAAUCGAGUCUUUGAGCAAUAACAACUGGCACCCCACAUCGCUCUCCCUCUUCUCCACCCGCACGUGCCACCGAAUCGAGUCGAUGGAUCGGUUUACCAAGGCCUUGCUCGGAACCGGGUGGACCCUUUUCAAGACUCAUAACAACAAUGCUGACAAAGAUUCUCUUACAUCACAGGUUUAUUUGUACCGGAAAUCCGAUGCUAGAAGAAGAAUUUGUCAUAGUAAUACGAAACAGCCGACGACAAAUCGAAAUCGGGACGAUGAAGAAUGUAGAGUUAGGGAGUUGAGGCUGCCUACAUUGGAUUUCAGAAACCCCCCUUUGCGGAUUCUGCAGUAUAUUCAUCUAAUGACCGAUGACGCCUUCUACCUUGCGUAAACUAAUCAAUGACCUGUCGGGAUUUCAAGAUCAUCGGAAGAUUGGCAUGCUCUUUCAGCCUGAGUUGGUUAUUAAUUUUUUUUUUUUUUGUAAUUACUGCUUGAGUGACAUCAUCAACUGCAAAUAUAGGCAUUAACCAUAGUUUGAGUCGAGAACAAACACCGGAAACUUGUAACCGAAAUGCAAUUUUAGUUAUUAGUUAUUACUAAUGCA